CUUAUUUCUUCUUUUUCCAUUAUACUCCCCCUAUUUAUAGAAAAUAGGACAUUUUCUUAUUGAACCAAUUCACUAAAAAUAUCUCAUUUUUAUUUUUGUCAUUCUUUUUACCUUUUACUACAGUCUCUCAAUGGCCCCCCACCCUUGAUUUUGGUUCAAAAUUUCAAAUCUCCCAUUCUUGAGGGAGUAUUAUUACAAUCUCAAAACCUAACCCGGAGUUCGCUCUUCGCUGUGACUGUGAGCCAUUGACGCUGUUCGCAAAUCGCAAGGCCCCACCACUGCUGCUGCCGUGAAGACCACCGACGGCCACCGUGACCACUGAUCAGACCACCUUCAGUUCAAAUUAAGAAGAACAAGAAAGAUGGGAGAGAGGAAGGUAUUAAACAAGUACUAUCCUCCUGAUUUUGAUCCGGCAAAAAUUCCAAGGCGAAGGCAACCUAAGAAUCAACAAAUUAAAGUUCGAAUGAUGUUGCCGAUGAGUAUUCGCUGUUCUACUUGUGGAAAUUACAUCUAUAAAGGCACUAAAUUCAAUUCUCGCAAGGAAGAUGUAAUUGGGGAAACUUAUUUGGGGAUUCCUAUUUUUAGAUUCUAUUUCAAAUGCACCAAAUGUUCUGCUGAACUUGCUAUUAAGACAGAUCCACAAAACUCUGAUUAUGUUGUUGAAGCUGGUGCCACUCGAAAUUUUGAACCUUGGCGUGGUGAAGAUGAAGAAAUUGAUAAUCAGAAAAAGAAACGAGAUGCUGAAGAAAUGGGAGAUGCUAUGAAAUCUCUUGAAAACAGAACUUUGGAUUCUAAAAGGGAGAUGGAUAUCAUGGCUGCCCUGGAUGAGAUGAAAUCGAUGAAAUCCAGACAUGCCACUGUUAGUAUGGAUGCCAUGCUAGAGGCCUUGCAGCGCUCGGCUGCAACUGAAGACACUGACCAGGAAAGAAAACUGGAGGAGGAGGAUGAGGCCCUUAUUAAAUCUAUAUUUCAGGGGUCAAAGCAAUAUAUACGAAGGAUCAAUGAUGAAGAGUGGGAUGAUGACGAUGAUGAUGAGAUAGAAAAUAGUUCUAAGAGACCACGACUUUCUGAAGGAGCAAGCAACCCAACCGAUAUUUUGACAAGUAGUAUAACCGGAAAAUUGAACAACAAAGAACGUUCGGAUGGUAAAAUCCCGACUUCGCAGCCUCCGAUAGUCAGCUUUGUGGUGAAAAGGAAACCGGUUCAAAAACCAAAUAAUAGUGAACCCGUGAAAGAGGUUGCUAGUAACGGACUUUUGUCACUUGGUCAAUAUGGCAGUGAUGAUAGUGAUGAUGAAUAAUAGCAACAAGACACAAUUUUCAUCUAGAUCAUUGUAUUUUGGUAUAGCUCUUUCGAAAUUGAUUUCUAAAACGAGAACAUUAAUUAAUAUAACGUACUUGUGUUGAAUCAACAAAGAUAGGAUCAAAAUUAGCUUCUUUGGUCUUUGUUUUUGUGAUUUUUGGUAAAUUUCACUAUUUCUCUCUGAUUUGUAAUGACUCCAUAAUCGAAAUUGGCAAUCUCCUGUCUCC